AUGGGACAGUUCAGGGCUGACGUCAUCAAUGGCGCCGACGCCGGAGGCGGCAACAAAGGACUGGUGGAGCGGGAGGUGAGGCUUCCGACCGGAGCAGAUCUUCCGCUGCUGUAUCAGUUAUUGAUCCCGCAAGGGUUAGCUUCCGCUUUCCGAAUCUCUCCGCAGCAGAACCCCACCGUCGCCGACGUGGAUCGCGCCUCGGUCACGACCUUCUACUCCAUCCAGAGCGGCAGUGUAUCAAACGCGCCUCCACAUCCGGAGAGGAAGGCGGAGACGGCGAGGAAGAAGCAGAGGAUAGUGUGGACGCCGGAGUUGCAGCGGCGUUUCUUGGACGUGGUGAGGCGUCUGGGCGUCAACAACGCCGUGCCGAAGGCGAUUAUGCAGAUGAUGAACGUGGAAGGAUUGAGCCGCAUGAACGUAGCGUCUCAUCUCCAGAAGUACAGACUCUACCUGAAGCGGAGACAGGGUUUCACCGGCGGCGACGCCACGUCAUCUUCCUCCCGCCGUGGGAUCAACGGCUGA